AACAUGGCAGUCAGACUGUGCGACGUGGCCUCUCUCCUCAGAAGUGGUUCGUGGGCGCCUGAGCCUUGGACUGGGCAGGUAAUUGCUGCUAUGGAAACACAGCUGUCCAAUGGGCCAACUUGCAACAACACAAGCAACGGUCCCUCUACAAUCUCAAACAACUGCUCCUCACCUGUAGAGUCAGGAAGCAUAGAGGACAGUAAAACUAACUUGAUAGUCAACUAUCUGCCGCAGAACAUGACUCAGGAGGAGCUGAAGAGUUUGUUUGGGAGCAUCGGAGAAAUUGAGUCCUGUAAACUAGUCCGGGACAAAAUAACAGGGCAGAGCCUAGGCUAUGGAUUUGUGAAUUACGUGGACCCGAAGGACGCAGAAAAAGCCAUCAAUACUUUAAAUGGCUUGAGACUCCAGACCAAAACCAUCAAGGUUUCCUAUGCUCGUCCAAGUUCGGCCUCCAUCAGAGAUGCUAAUUUGUACGUCAGUGGCUUGCCAAAGACAAUGACUCAGAAAGAACUGGAGCAGCUCUUCUCUCAGUAUGGACGCAUCAUUACCUCACGCAUUCUGGUGGACCAGGUGACUGGUGUUUCCAGAGGGGUUGGCUUCAUCCGUUUUGACCGGAGAGUUGAGGCCGAGGAGGCCAUCAAGGGUCUGAACUGUCAGAAGCCGCCCGGUGCCACUGAACCCAUAACGGUCAAGUUUGCGAAUAACCCGAGCCAGAAGACGAGCCAGGCCCUGCUGUCCCAGCUGUAUCAGUCGCCCAAUCGAAGGUACCCAGGACCCCUCGCACAGCAGGCACAACGCUUCAGGUUGGACAAUCUGCUGAACAUGGCCUAUGGAGUCAAAAGCAGGUUCUCCCCGAUGGCCAUAGAUGGGGUGACCAGCUUGGCUGGCAUCAACAUCCCAGGGCACGCGGGCACUGGCUGGUGUAUCUUCGUCUACAACCUGGCUCCAGAUGCAGACGAGAGCAUCCUGUGGCAAAUGUUUGGGCCGUUUGGCGCCGUCACAAACGUCAAAGUUAUUCGCGACUUCAACACAAACAAGUGCAAAGGAUUUGGUUUUGUCACCAUGACAAACUACGACGAGGCGGCCGUGGCCAUCGCCAGCUUGAAUGGAUACCGCCUCGGGGACAGAGUGCUGCAGGUCUCAUUUAAAACCAACAAAACACACAAAGCCUAAAACCCACUGAGAUUGUUUCUAGAAAACUCAGCAGAAAAUGGAAAAAGAAAAUGGGAGCGUAUCGACCAUAACUUUCUACAUUAGUAAAAACAGCUUUGUAAGUGAGUGUUACGAAGAAAAACAAUAUUUAGAGUCCAACAAUGUGACAAUUUUUCUUUCUUUCAUUGCUACGCUUUGAAUCUUAAUAUACUUUAAAAACAGGAAAAAAGUACUGCAGGUUUCUGCCUGUGAUGUUGACUUCUCUUGCUGUCCUUGAAGAUGGACCGUCUAAAACUUUACUAUAGGUUUUGUCAUUUUGUUGCACAUCUGCUUUGAAACAGUCUUGUAAGGUUAUGUGCAGUGAUUUUCUUUGUAUUUUUCUGUGUCCUGAUUUGCCUUAGGUGCGUUAUGCCUUCAGUGGUUAGCGAGUGCUUAUUUUGAUCUAUUUGCGGUUUUGUUGAUUUUGCAAGUAUUCCGUUUAUUGUAAUAUGAGUUGGUUAUCGGUUGGCUGCAUAAUGUCGCUUAUUGUAAACUUAACAGAUAAAAGACAAAAAAAAAUUCUUAAAGCAGUACCUUGCCAAAGAGCUAAGAACCUCUUUGAUGUGGGUUUAAAAAGCAUCUAUUUUUAUAAAAAGAAAAAUUUGGAGAAACUUUUUACUGGACCUGGAACAAAAUAUUUUGACUUGGAUACUUUGAGAAAUAUCUUCAUAUGACACCUUGUGAGCUUUUGAACUUUACAAGAAAGUUUGCAGUGGUUGAAAUUUCUGGAGAGAUUUAUGAUGUAAAAGAUACAUUUUGAGAUCUUUGUAUUAUCUUUAGAGUAUAGAAUCAAUGGCAGUGCUGGUUUCAUCUGUAAAAUCAUCUUUGGGUCCCCCGUCAUUCUGGUUGUUACGACUAGCAACUCGCUUUCCGAUUUGAUUUGGAAACGGACAAAAAUACCAAGGUUUAUUCGCAAAAAAGUGCAUGCAAAAUUAUAAAGUGGAGAUGUCUUUCAAGGUAAAUGGGGGAUAAUAAUCAGUUCUUCCUAAAGGAUUCCCUUCAGAUGGAGCACAUGGUGUUUGUGGUGUACCUAUCAUUGGACUGAUUUUGUCUAAAUAUUGACCAAUAAGGGUUUUUACAUACUUUGUAUGAAAGGGUGAGGACAAGCCAAUGAAGGCAGCAGCUUAAGAACGUCUGAAGAAUAGAUUGGAUUACUCCUGAGCCUUGAGCUAUGUAAAUAAGUCCUUUUUUAUGUUGAGUAUUUGGCAGACUUUUUUUUGUUGUCGUUUGGACUUCAUUGGAAAGUGUGAUAUUAAUAUAACGUUUUUUCUUUCAUGGAGUAUGAAAGGUAUUUUCAUUUUAGGAUAUUUACCUUUUUUUUAUUUCAGGGCUUUUUUUUUUCUUUGUUUUUUUGAAGAAAAAGUUUUCCGUUGUCCCAUGGACUAGCAUUACAGUGCGUCAAAUUUGUUGGUUGUUUGGUCUGUAGAUAGUCUUGCUUCGUAAAAAAGGUAUUAAGAAACUAUAGACAUUUGUUUUUGUUUUUUAUAUAUAAACAUUAUAGAUAUAUAUUUAUGUGGUAAAGAAUGGAUAUAAACCACGGUUUUGAACAAUUUGCUUUUUUCUUUUCUUUUCAUACUCUUAUAUAUAUAUAUAAAUAUACGUAAUGCAUAUAACCUGUCUUUAAAAUCGUAAAAAGGUGUAUAUUGCUUUAUUCACUUCGGGGGAAGGUCAGUGAAGCAGUUCCAUUAACGAAAAGCAAAAUUGGUUGCAGGAGUUUGUCGAAACAACAUCUAACUCAUCUUGAACAAACAAACGGCGGCUGGUCGAGCCUUAGAUGCACUAAAUACUGCACCUGCAUCCUGCUUGUUAUUUAAACCAAUUACUAGUCAUGCUUCCCCUCCAAUGAGCAGUGUGCUAUGCAUUAUAUAAUUAUCUUUGCAACUGCUUUUUCUUGUUUAUCUAUUCCUUCUUUGUGUUAUUUGUAAAAGUUAAACUUUAAGUCUAGAUGAGUUGUGAUUCUUGCUGCUGUGGGGUUGACACAUUUUUCAUGCCUGACCGAAUAUUGACGGAAAAAAAAAAAAAAAGUUUCUUUUGGUAAUUUCUUCAUGAGGAUUUGGUCCUGACAAAUUGUGCCGAUGGUCCGACAUGAAAAAAUGUUGCCUCCCACCCCAAUUCUUGAUAUGAGAAUGAUUAUUUAUUUGAAGUUGUAUAG